GGUACGUCAUUAUUUAUGAGCCAGAUAUUUUUAUAGGCUAGUCAGCCACAGCAAACAUAACGUUCUACUUGGGUCAUGUGAAAGCCAUGUUUUAUGCGUGAUUAAAGACACGAUUUAUUUUACAUCGAAACAUAAGCUAGAUUUAGCUAGGAUAGACAAAAUUCGGCACGUGUUUAUGUUUAAUGGUCGCAGGAGAAGAGACAGAAUUACUGGCUUCAAACAUUCGAUUCUGAACUAAACCAGCUGGUUUGAGGAACAGGGAACAUUUUGUUACCAAAAAUAUGACAGAGAAACAAAAUAUCACAGAUGAAAAUUUACAAGGCUCCUGGGUGGAGCUUCACUUCAAUAAUGGCGGCAGUUCAACCCCAGCCCGGAGUGGAGGGGAAGAGCAGGUUCCUGGCCCUGCUGCCAGCGGGGACAUGGAGAAAAUGCUGUUGGAGGCCCAGCACGAGUCAGGCAGAAGCAGCUCCAGGGGCAGCCUACCCUGUGACAGUCCUCCAAGGUCACAGACACCUUUGCACUUGCGUAGGGGGUCCGAUGUGACCAGUUCUGGAGGCAAAAACAGCUCACAGUCUGAGGAGGACUUCCUUGAAAGACGGCGAGAGGUGGAGAACCUGAUGAAGAAAAAUGCGGACUGGAUCUGGGACUGGUCAAGUCGACCAGAAAACACUCCACCCAAGGAAUUCUAUCUGAAGCACCCAAAGCGGUCUUCUGCCCUCAGCAUAAGGAACACCAGCAUGAUGAAGAAAGGGGGCAUAUUCUCUGCAGAAUUCCUUAAGGUGUUUCUGCCCUCCCUGCUGGUCUCACACAUUCUUGCUGUGGGCUUGGGGGUGUAUAUUGGAAGACGGUUCACUACCUCUACAAGCACCUUCUAAAGCAGGAACGUAUCCAUUGCUGCUCCCCUCCCUGCUCGCUCGCUUAAUCGCCGCUGCCACCACCACCGCUCCACUCCUCAGCACCGAUUAAUGCUUUUGUAGUUGCAGAUAGGGUCAUGUGACUGGUCCCCCCCCCCCCGGCGGACUGCCGGGGCUGCCUGUGUGUCUCUCCCUCGCUCACCUCCCCUGUGAAUUGGGUUGGCUUUCCCCCAUGGUUCCCAGGAUUGCUUUAAAGAAAUCUCCCAGGAUUCCAGUAGCACAAAAUGGCAUUCUUUUGAAGAUCUCGGGGAGAACAUUUCAGGAUGCAGUGCAGAUUGUAGAGCGUAGACAAGCAUUAGGCUGUGCUUUAAUCAUACCACAUUGUCUUGUUCUUAGACACAAAGAUAGGUAUCAAACAUAGCUUAACUUUAGUCAAGUUAACUUUAAAAGUGUCAUCAAAUGCUGACAUAUAUAUAUAUAUAUAUAUAUUUAUAAGGGAACAGAAUGUUGGACUUGUUGAAGGAUCUGAAAAUCCCAGUGAUGGUGGAAGUGUUGUUAACAUGAUUGGGUAUAGAAUGUGUUGAUGCAAAAAGGUACCGGUAAAAUGCCUUGAGAAUAGUAAAAUAUCAAAAACAAAUUGGUAGAUAGAAUUCCAACAUUCUCAAAACCAUCACUAAAUCGUAUCACCGCUUGAGAGAAGAGGCAUGAUGUUUAAUGAUUUAAAGAUGGUUGUAUUUAUAGGGAUCUGCUCAGGGCUUUAUGGUGGUUUGGUCACCUUACAGAUUGCAUUUAGUCAUCUACUGUUCAAUUGUGAUAUUUAUCUCUUGGUCACAUGUGAAUCAAAUCGGUUAAUGGGGUUGAUUUUUUCUUGUUUGGCUGGUGAAUGGUUCCACAAAUUCAGAUUGAUUAUUUGGGAAACACCCUUUGCUAAGUGUUCCAAUUAAAAACUGGUUUGUAUUUAAAGCGAUGAAUAGUUAUGCCAUUUGAGAUUUUAAAAUCUACCAAAAAUGUGUUUUCAUGUAGCAAUGAAGCCUUUUUUUGUUUGCCUUAUUGUCAUUCACUACCAUUUCUUUACAAUCUGUGAUAAAUAGGCAUCAGACUGAAGAAUAUACAGGUAUUAAUGACUGUUAAAUGUACAAGGGAAUCCAAAGGGAACUUGCCUUGAGGACUGCUGUUUUCUGUGCAUGUUUUGUCGUGAUGCUGCUUGUGACUUAUCACAGAAUUUCACUAUGGUUUUGUAUUGAACGCUAAAUGUGUGAAGUACAUAUGAAUAAAUUCACUUGGUCAAUCAA